AUGGACUAUCAAGUCCUCAUUAUUGGGACUGGGCCAUCAGGGGCAACUACUGCGCUGUUUCUUGCCAAAUAUGGCAUCAAGUCUCUCGUUAUAUCUCGGCAUAGGUCGACGGCGAAUACGCCAAGGGCACACAUAUUCAAUCAGAGGGCGAUGGAGGUACUCAGAGAUGCUGGACUCGAACCAAGACUUGCGCAAGUUGCGAGCCCUGCGUCUGACAUGCAACAUACCUCAUGGCUUGACUCGUUAGCAGGUCAAGAAUAUGGCCGGAUUUGGGCGUGGGGUAACAAACCGUCAGAGAAGGGCAACUACGAGAUGGCUAGCCCGUGCGUUAUGUCGGACUUACCGCAAAGCGUGCUUGAACCCAUUCUCGUCGAGAGCGCGACACAAGCAGGAGCGGAGUUCCGCUUCUCUACAGAGUUCGUUGGUCUACAGCAGGACGCGGCCGGAGUACUCACCAUGUUGCGCGAUCGAGUGACGGGAGAAGAGUACUCAAUACGCUCAGAGUACGUUGUGGGUGCCGAUGGUGCCCGUAGCGCUGUCUUGGAUGGCCUCGGUAUCCCUAUCAUCGGAACCCAAAUCAACACGGCCUUCAAUGUGCACAUCAAGGCGGAUCUUACCAAGUAUAUCGCGCAUCGGCCAGGAAGCCUGAACUGGGUACUGAACACUGAAGCUCCCGGUUGGUCAGCCGUGGGCAACUUUCGUAUGGUACGGCCAUGGUCAGAGUUUGUGGUAUCGAUGCACCCAGCUACGAAAGACAUAAGCAAUUAUGCGCCAUGCGAAGAAGAUAUUAUGAAGCGACUACACCAAAUGAUAGGCGACGACACAGUACCCAUCGAGAUUCUGUCUACAUUCUCAUGGACAAUCAAUAAUCAAGUCGCGGAAACCUGGCAGAAGGACCGGGUCUUCUGCAUUGGUGAUGCUGUUCAUCGGCAUCCCCCUAUCAAUGGCCUCGGCAGUAACACGUGCAUAUCGGAUGCCUUCAAUCUGUCAUGGAAGCUUGCAUUCGUUCUACGUGGGUGGGCUGCUCAGAGCCUGUUGGACACUCUGACUCCCGAGAGGAAGCCGGUAGGCGACGGAGUCGUUCGAAGGGCGAAUGAGGGGAUGGAGUUCCACCGCCGCAUCUGGUCACUUUUGGGCCUUGAUAGCGAUAGCCGGGAGCGCUGUGCUGCACUCCUCAAAGCUGCUACACCAGAGGGCAGGCAGAGGCGGGAAGAUUUACGCCUGGCAUUCGAAGCUACGGAUCUCGAAGUGCAAGCGCUGGGGAUCCAGAUGAACCAGACCUACGUCGGGAGUGCGGCUACGCUGGUCGAGAGUGGUGAUCGAGCUCCUGAUUUCUCUGGAGUAUACAAGAUCAAGGAUAUCAUGAUCAGCACGUACCCUGGCUAUCACUUGCCACAUGUCUGGCUCGCCCGGGAUGCGCAAUCCGAAAGGAUAUCGAGUCUCGAUCUUUGUGGGAACGGAGGGUUUACUCUGCUGACAGGAACUGGCGGUGAAGGAUGGCUCGAAGCGGCUGAAAACGCAAGCGGACAGCUUGAAUUUCCCGUAAGGUGCCACUCAAUCGGAUUCGGAUGCGAGUAUAUGGAUUGCUAUUGCGAUUGGAGUAAGAUCCGGGGUGUUGAGGACGACGGCGUGGUACUUGUCCGUCCAGACCACUUUGUCGCAUGGCGAUCGCAAAGAAUGGCAAAAGACCCCAGUGCAGUUCUGAUAGAAGUCUUGAGGCGGCUGAUGGGGACGACUGCAGUAUAA